ACUUCCCUUUGCAUUUGCGGAGCUACUUCCAACAAAAGUACAUGAAGCACUUGCAGCCAUUGGAGCAUUUUUCAGGGACUUGAGCACUCGCACUCUUAAAGAGGAUGUCGUAGAACAACUUCACGAGAACAUUCCGAUCUUAUUGUGCAACUUGGAGAUGAUAUUUCCUCCCUCAUUUUUGACGUCAUGGAGCAUUUAGCUGUCCACCUCCCGUAUGAGGCAUUGCUUCGAGGACCAGUACAUUAUGGAUGGAUGUAUCAGUAUGAGCGGGCCAUGAAAUAUUUGAAGGGAAAGGCAAAAAACCUCGCAAAGGUUGAAGGUUCUAUAAUUGCUGGAAGUUUGACGGAAGAAACAUCUCACUUCACAUCGUACUACUUUGCACCUAAUGUACGGACCCGACAAAGAGCUCCAAGAAGAUAUGAUGAUGGUGGUGUUGCCCCAACAUAUGCAGUUGCUGGUGUUCCGGAUAUCUUUAGCCAGAUUGGGCGAAUGGGUGGGAAAACGAAAGAGGUUUGGUGGUCGAGUGAUGAAGACGCCCAUAGUGCACACACUUACAUUCUACUUAAUUGUGAGGAUCCAUUUAUGCGCUAUUUUGAAAGCCUAUUUGUUAGUCAAGUCCAAGAAGCUAUCCCAGGUAUAUCCACAAGUGAGGUAGAUAAAAGGAAAGAUCGACACUUUAUUAAAUGGUUGAAGAGUCAGGUUGAAUAUGAGGAUCCAGAUUAUCCCAUAUGGUUUCACGAAUUAGUUCAGGGUCCACUUGCAAAGGUCACCACAUCACCAAUGUAUUUCUCACGAGGCUUUACUUUUCAUACGUACGAGUAUGGUAAACACCGGGCGACCAGCAAUUAUGGAAUUUGUGUGAAAGGCGAAACCGAUUUCUACGGGAUCUUGCAGGAGAUUAUUGAAGUGGAAUUCCCUGGGUUAUUGAAGCUGAAAUGCGUCAUAUUCAAAUGUGACUGGUUCGACCCCGUGGUCAACAGAGGUGUUCGAUUUAACAAAUUCGGUGUAGUUGCUGUCAAUGGUGGACGGAGGUACAACAAAUUCGAGCCUUUCAUAUUAGCUUCGCAAGCAGACCAAGUUAGCUUCCUACCAUACCCGAGGUUGCGAGAAUCUGGAAUAAGUUGGUUAGCUGUUAUCAAAGUUACACCCCGUGGACGAAUAAUCGGUGGAGAAGAACCACCUUUGCAAGAAGAACACAUCAAUGAAGUCGAAGAACCUGAACAACAAAUGGAAGACAUCCUACUCAUUGAUCCGCAUAAUCAUGAGUAUGAAGAUCUUCCCGACGAUACCACUGACGAUGCUGUUGAGGACGAGUUUAAUGAAAGUGAUGAUGUUUCUAGUGUUGAAGAGAAUGAUGAUGUAUCUGAAUGAUGAUGUAAUUUUUUAAAAAUAUUAUUUAUUUUCAGACUUGA